AUGGCGAGCGGGCACCCCACUGACAAAUACAGUUUCAUGUACCAACCAGACACGCACAAGAGGUACGACACACACACACACACACACACACACACACACCAGAGGGACAAUACACACACACCAGAGGUACAAUACACACACACACACACCAGAGGUACAAUACACACACACACCAGAGGUACAAUACACACACACACCAGAGGUACAAUACACACACACACACACACCAGAGGUACAAAACACACACACACAAGACACUCACAAGUGGUACUACUAGUGACACACAUACACACCAGACAUGUACAAGAGGUAAAACACACACACCAACUCAUACUUUCUAUGCACUAAGCAAACACACAUGAGAUAUGUACACUUACCAACCAGACACACUCACACCAGUAAGACCUACCUAGUAGGAAGAGGUAAGUACACACAUUAUGAGGGUGUUAUAAACGGUAUGAUUCGCUCUGUUCAUCUCCUCUCUAUGAAUGUAGGUAGUGUGAGAAAGAGACUGGGCUAUGUCGGUUGUUUUGAUAAGUAACUUUUCUUCUAUACGCUCUAAUAUGUCCCCUCCCCUCCCCUCCUUGUCCCCUGUCUCUCUCUGCGUGUCCGCUCUCCUCCUAUCGCUCCCCCCCUACCCCAACUCAUCCUCCCACCCCCACCCCCGCCCGCUCCAAAACCUCCUCCUCUCUCCCCCGCGCCGAACCACCAGCCACCCACCACCUCCUCUCCACACAACACCACCCCCUCCUACCCCCGCCCACUCUCCUCUCCACCCAUCCCCCCCAUCCCCGAGGAGGAUCCCAUCUCAUAACCACCCAGCGCCUACUCCUCCUUCUCUCCCCCUACCCUCCUCUCUCUCCCUACCCUCCUCCUCUCCCCCCUAUUCCCCCUCCUCUCCCUACCAUCCUCACUAAUCCCCCCCUCUCGUCUCCUACCGUACCUCCCUCUCCCCUUUCUCCUCUCUCUCUCCCUCUCCCCCUAAUCUCCCCCUCCCCCUCAGUAAGAACAGAUUAUCCAGCAGUAUGAAUCCUCUCUACAAUCCAGUUCAGCCUGGAUCUCCCUAUGGUAACCCCAAGAACAUGGCCUACACAGGUGAGACACAUACACAUACAUUACCUUGCUCCCAAACACCAAUCAACACACUCUAAUCAAACUGAAGUGAUUGGGUUAGCUAACGGUAGACAGAAAUGACAGAAUUAAACAGAUCUGUCUGGUCUAAGAUGUGCCAUGCCGGAUCCCUACUAGGAAUGUGACAAAUGGACAAUUUUGGUUAACAUUUAAAUUGCCAUUUAUUAUAAUCUUUCUGUUAAAACAAUAAGAAAAAAAAUCAUAAAAUUCCACAUCAAUUCACAAUACAGAAUAAUGGUCCUAUUACGUAUGUAUGACCCCUAGGGCCGGGAAGUGAAGUUCUAUGUACCCUAGUCAUAUACCAUUGAAAGCGCGUCGGCUACGGCAUGUUUGUUCGUCUGUAAGGGUACACUACGGCUUUUUAAAUGCCGACACGAAACCUCUGAAGAUUGUUUCGAAGUGCCACUGAACGGUGAUUUUACUUGUCUGUAAAGGAAAGCCACUUCCUGUGCGCUUACCACUCUCUCCUAAAAAAGUACUUUAAAGUUUGUUAAAUACCGUGACUUACCAAGACGUAUAAUAUAAUAAUAAUAAUAUGCCAUUUAGCAGACGCUUUUAUCCAAAGCGACUUACAGUCAUGAAGUAGAAUGAAAACACAUCGGGCCUCCCGAGUGGCGCAGUGGUUUAAGGUACUGCAUCACAGUGCUAGAGGCGUUACUACAGACCGGGGUUCAUUCCCGGGCUGUGCUACAAACGGCCGUGGCCGGGAGUCCCAUAGGACGGCGCACAAUUGGCCCAGCGUCGUCCGGGUUAGGGGAGGGUUUGGCCGGUGGAGCUUUACUUGGCUCAUCGCGCUCUAGCGACUCCUAGUGGCGGGCCGGGUGCCUGCAGGCUGACCCCGGUCGCCAGUUGAACAGUGUUUCCUCCGACACAUUGGUGCGGCUGGCUUCCGGGUUAAGCUGGCGCGUGUUAAGAAGCGCGGUUAGACGGGUCAUAUUUAGGAGGACACAUGACUCCACCUUCACCUCUCCCGAGCCCGUUGGGGAGUUGCAGCGAUGAGACAAGAUAGAAAAUUGGGGAGAAAAAGGGGGUAAAAUACACACAAAAGGGAGAAAAAGAAAGGAGUCGGUAGGAGUCGAAUCCUAACAUUCAUUAUUUUUGGAACGGGGGAGACUGAUUAGUUGCCGUACUUCCAAGAACACAAACCUUGCAUCUUUCAUAGAGAACUAGCGAGGGACGGAGAGAGUGAGGAGGGGCACAGUAUAGGCAGGUUGGCCACCAGAAAGACGGAGUCAGAACCGUGCACUAGGCCUAUCUUAUCGGCAAUCAAAAGCUUUAUCUCGCAAUAGAAUGCUGUAUUGCAAAAUACAGCAUUCUAUUGCAAAAUACAGCAUUCUAUUGCGAGAUAAAGCUUUUGAUUGCCGAUAAGAUAGGCAUAGUGCACGGUUCUGACUCCGUCUUUCUGGUGGCCAACCAAUUUCUUGGCUUGUAAUGUCUCGCAACUUCAGUAAAGCAGGGCCUAUCAUUACUGAAUAGGCUAGGAUUUUCUACACGCAACAGACCGAAAACUGAACACACACUGGCAUCGUUAGUGAAGAGAAAGAGCAGGUGAGCCAGCUGUGAUUUUAAUUUGGUUAAAAAAAAAUUGAAAAUAUUCUCUUAAGGAUUUUCCUUAAUGUUUAAUGAUCCCAGUCGUUUGUUUAAAAGUUUUAACUUUUAAACGUUCACACCCUUAAUCCCUACGCCGACAGCAGACUUUCAGGAAGUGAGCGGUCUCAUUUACAUUACAUUUACAUUUACGUCAUUUAGCAGACUUACAAAUUGGGCAUUCACCCUAUAGCCAGUGGGAUAACAACUUUUUUUUUUAGGGGGGGGGGGGGGGGUAGAAGGAUUACUUUAUCCUAUCCUAGGUAUUCCUUAAAGAGGUGGGGUUUCAAAUGUCUCCGGAAGGUGGUGAGUGACUCCGCUGUCCUGGCGUCGUGAGGGAGCUUGUUCCACCAUUGGGGUGCCAGAGCAGCGAACAGUUUUGACUGGGCUGAGCGGGAACUAUGCUUCCGCAGAGGAAGGGGAGCCAGCAGGCCAGAGGUGGAUGAACGCAAUGCCCUCGUUUGGGUGUAGGGACUGAUCAGAGCCUGAAGGUACGGAGGUGCCGUUCCCCUCACAGCUCCAUAGGCAAGCACCAUGGUCUUGUAACAGAUGCGAGCUUCAACUGGAAGCCAGUGGAGUGUGCGGAGGAGCGGGGUGACGUGAGAGAACUUGGGAAGGUUGAACACCAGACGGGCUGCGGCAUUCUGGAUGAGUUGUAGGGGUUUAAUGGCACAGGCAGGGAGCCCAGCCAACAGCGAGUUGCAGUAAUCCAGACGGGAGAUGACAAGUGCCUGGAUUAGGACCUGUGCCGCUUCCUGUGUAAGGCAGGGUCGUACUCUCCGAAUGUUGUAGGUCUCCUCUACAACCUUCUCCUCUACAACCAUCUCCUCUACAACCAUUCAUUAUAACAGGGAUGUUAUUACUGGGCCUGUAUGUCAGUGUGAUGGGAAAGAGUGUGACAUCCACCAUUUAUGACUGUCCCCAACCACACAGCUGUCACCUCCACUUACCACACACAGUAUUCGGACCCCUUGACUUUUUCCACAUUUUGUUAGGUUACAGCCUUAUUCUAAAAUUGAUUAAAUUGUUUUUUUCCUCAUCAAUCUACACACAAUACCCCAUAAUUACAAAGCAAAAACAGUUUUUUAUACAUUUUUGCUAAUUUAAAAAUAAAUAAAAACGGAAAUAUUACAUUUACAUAAGUAUUCAGACCCUUUACUCAGUACUUUGUUGAAGCACCUUUGGCAGCGAUUACAGCCUCGUGUCUUCUUGGGUAUGAUGCUACAAGCUUGGCACACCUGUAUUUGGGGAGUUUCUCCCAUUCUUCUCUGCAGUUCCUCUCAAGCUCUGUCAGAUUGAAUGGGGAGAGUUGCUGCACAGCUAUUUUCAGGUCUCUCCAGAGAUGUUCGAUCAGGUUUAAGUCUGGGCUCUGGCUGGGCCCCUCAAGGACAUUCAGAGACUUGUCCCGAAGCCACUCCUGCGUUGUCUUGGCUGUGUGCUUAGGGUUGUUGUCCUGUUGGAAGGUGAACCUUCGCCCCAGUCUGAGGUCCUGAGAGCUUUGGAGCAGGUUUUCAUCAAGGAUCUCUCUGUACUUUGCUCCGUUCAUCUUUGCCUCGAUCCUGACUAGUCUCCCAGUCCCUGCUGCUGGAAAACAUCCCCACAGCAUGAUUCUGCCACCACCAUGCUUCACCGUAGGGAUGAUGCCAGGUUUCCUCCAGACGUGACGCUUGGCAUUCAGGCCAAAGAGUUCAGACUUGGUUUCAUCAGGCCAGAGAAUCUUGUUUCUCAUGGUUUGAGAGUCUUUAGGUGCCUUUUGGCAAACUCCAAGCGGGCUGUCAUGUGCCUUUUUACUGAGGAGUGGCUUCCGUCUGGUCACUCUACCAUGAAGGCCUGAUUGGUGGAGUGCUGCAGAGAUGGUUGUCCUUCUGGAAGGUUCUCCCAUCUCCACAGAGGAACGCUAGAGCUCUGUAAGAGUGACCAUCGUGUUCUUGGUCACCUCCCUGACCAAGGCCCUUCUCCCCCGAUUGCUCAGUUUGGCCAGGCGGCCAGCUCUAGGAAGAGUCUUGGUGGUUCCAAACUUCUUCCAUUUAAGAAUAAUGGAGGCCACUGUGUUUUUGGGGACUUUCAAUGCACUUUCAAUGCUGCAGAAAUGUUUUGGUACCCUUCCCCAGAUCUGUGCAUCGACACAAUCCUGUCUCUGUGCUCUACGGACAAUUCCUUCAACCUCACGGCAUGGUUUUUGCUCUGACAUGCACUGUCAACUGUGGGACCAAAUCAUGUCCAAUCAUUUGAAGUUACCACAGGUGGACUCCAAUCAAGUUGUAGAAACAUCUCAAGAAUGAUCAAUGGAAACAGGAUGCGCCUGAGCUCAAUUUCGAGUAUCAUAGCAAAGAGUCUGAAUACUUUUGUAAAUAAGGUAUUUCUGUUUUUUAAAUUGGCAAACAUGUGUACAUCUGUUUUCACUUUGUCAUUAUGGGUUAUUGUGUGUAGAUUGCUGAGGAUUUGUAUUUAUUUAAUCAAUUUUAGAAUAAGUCUGUAACGUAACAAAAUGUGGAAAAAGUAAAGGGGUCUGAAUACUUUCCGACGGCACUGUACAUAUACAUACUGUUAGCAGUUGAUGUUAUACUUCAAUAACACAGACCCCAAAGCAAAUCAGCGGGAUAAAAAAAUAUUUAUUCAGAGAGAACAAAUCAUAGUUGUUAUGCUGUAAAGUAGAUGGUAGAUGUUCAUUCUUCCUUGUAUCAAUGUUUCUCCACUGAACAAAGAGACAGGAUGUAGUUUAUACCCAAGCCUAGCUUGUGGUUGACCAAUUACAAUUCCUUGCAACAAAAUUGGGCCAAUACCAAGUAUCCUGUUUCAGGCUCAAUGUAUAGACAAUUUGGACCAAUGAGAACUUGCCACAGCUAUGUGUCCCGGGCUGGAACCCCUACACAGAUUCUAAACAGAUGUUGAACUGAAAAACACUUAUUUCCAUUGAUCGUUAAUUCCCUCUUGACCUCUAGUCCUCUGCAUUGUGUAUUUAUCUUAGAAUAUUCUUACAAUACAUGCAUACAGUGAGGGAAAAAGUAUUUGAUCCCCUGCUGAUGUUGUACGUUUGCCCACUGACAAAGACAUGAUCAGUCUAUAAUUUUAAUGGUAGGUUUAUUUGAACAGUGAGAGACAGAAUAACAACAAAAAAUCCAGAAAAACGCAUGUCAAAAAUUUUAUAAAUUGAUUUGCAUUUUAAUGAGGGAAAUAAGUGUUUGACCCCUCUUCAAAACAUGACUUAGUACUUGGUGGCAAAACCCUUGUUGGCAAUCACAGAGGUCAGACGUUUCUUGUAGUUGGCCACCAGGUUUGCACACAUCUCAGGAGGGAUUUUGUUCCACUCCUCUUUGCAGAUCUUCUCCAAGUCAUUAAGGUUUCGAGGCUGACGUUUGGCAACUCGAAUCUUCAGCUCCCUCCACAGAUUUUCUAUGGGAUUAAGGUCGAGAGACUGGCUAGGCCGCUCCAGGACCUUAAUGUGCUUCUUCUUGAGCCACUCCUUUGUUGCCUUGGCCGUGUGUUUUGGGUAAUUGUCAUGCUGGAAUACCCAUCCACAACCCAUUUUCAAUGCCCUGGCUGAGGGAAUGAGGUUCUCAUCCAAGAUUUGACGGUGCAUGGCCCGUCCAUCGUCCCUUUGAUGCGGUGAAGUUGUCCUGUCCCCUUAGCAGAAAAACACCCCCAAAGCAUAAUGUUUCCACCUCCAUGUUUGACGGUGGGGAUGGUGUUCUUGGGGUCAUAGGCAGCAUUCCUCCUCCUCCAAACAUGGCGAGUUGAGUUGAUGCCAAAGAGCUCGAUUUUGGUCUCAUCUGACCACAACACUUUCACCGAGUUCUCCUCUGAAUCAUUCAGGUGUUCAUUGGCAAACUUCAGACGGCCCUGUAUAUGUGCUUUCUUGAGCAGGGGGACCUUGCGGGCGCUGCAGGAUUUCAGUCCUUCACGGCAUAGUGUGUUACCAAUUGUUUUCUUGGUGACUAUGGUCCCAGCUGCCUUGAGAUCAUUGACAAGAUCCUCCCGUGUAGUUCUGGGCUGAUUCCUCACCGUUCUCAUGAUCAUUGCAACUCCACGAGGUGAGAUCUUGCAUGGAGCCCCAGGCCGAGGGAGAUUGACAGUUAUUUUGUGUUUAUUCCAUUUGCGAAUAAUCGCACCAACUGUUGUCACCUUCUCACCAAGCUGCUUGGCGAUGGACUUGUAGCCCAUUCCAGCCUUGUGUAGGUCUACGAUCUUGUCCCUGACAUACUCGGAGAGCUCUUUGGUCUUGGCCAUGGUGGAGAGUUUGGAAUCUGAUUGAUUGAUUGCUUCUGUGGACAGGUGUCUUUUAUACAGGUAACAAGCUGAUAUUAGGAGCACUCCCUUUAAGAGUGUGCUCCUAAUCUCAGCUCGUUACCUGUAUAAAAGACACCUGGGAGCCAGAAAUCUUUCUGAUUGAGAGGGGGUCAAAUACUUAUUUCCCUCAUUUAAAAUGCAAAUCAAUUUAUAACAUUUUUGACAUGCGUUUUUCUGGAAUUUUUUUUGUUAUUCUGUCUCACUGUUCAAAUAAACCUACCAUUUAAAAUUAUAGACUGAUCAUUUCUUUGUCAGUGGGCAAACGUACAAAAUCAGCAGGGGAUCAAAUACUUUUUUCCCUCACUGUACAUACAUACAUACACUACAUGACCAAAAGUAUGUGCAUACCUGCUCGUCGAACAUCUCAUUCCAAAAUCCUGGGCAUUAAUAUGGAGUUGGUCCCCCCUUUGCUGCUAUAACAGCCUCCACUCUUCUGGGAAGGCUUUAUUUCCAGCCACAAGUGCAUUAGUGAGGUCGGGCACGGAUGUUGGGCGAUUAGUCCUGGCUCGCAGUCAGCGUUCCAAUUCAUCCCAAAGGUGUUCGAUGGGGUUGAGGUCAGGGCUCUGUGCAGGCCAGUCAAGUUCUUCCACACUGAUCUCGACAAACCAUUUCUGUAUGGACCUCGCUUUGUGCACAGGGGCAUUGUCAUGCUGAAACUGGAAAGGCCUUCCCCAAACUGAUGCCAGAAAGUUGGAAGCACAGAAUCGUCUAGAAUGUCAUUGUAUGCUGUAACUUUAAGAUUUCCCUUCACUGGAACUAAGGGGCCUAGCCCGAACCAUGAAAACAAUCCCCAGACCAUUAUUCCUCCUCCAUCAAACUUUACAGUUGGCACUAUGCAUUGGGGCAGGUAGCCUUCUCCUGUCAUCCGCCAAACCCAGAUUCGUCCGUCGGACUGCCAAAUGGUGAAGCGUGAUUCCUCAUUCCAGAGAACACAUUUCCACUGCUCCAGAGUCCAAUGGCGGCAAGCUUUACACCACUCCAACCGACGCUUGGCAUUGCCAUGGUGAUCUUAGCUUGCGGCUGCUUGGCCAUUGAAACCCAUUUCAUGAAGCUCCCGACGAACAGUUCUCGUGCUGACGUUGCUUCCAGAGGCAGUUUGGAACUCGGUAGUGAGUGUUGCAACCAAGGACAGACAAUUUUUACACGCUAUGCACUUCAUCACUCAGCGGUCCCAUUCUGUGAGCUUGUGUGGCCUACUAUUUCGCGGCUGAGCCGUUGUUGCUCCUAGACGUUUCAACUCAACAAUAACAGCACAUACAGUUGACCGGGCAGCACUAACAGGGCAGAACUGACAUGUUGGAAAGGUGGCAUCCUAUGACGGUGCCACGUUGAAAGUCACUGAGCUCUUCAGUAAGGCCAAUCUACUGCCAGUGUUUGUCUAUGGAGAUUGCAAGGCUGUGUGCGGAGUGUCCACAUACAUUUGUAUAUAUAGUGUACACACACACACACAGCAACAUGGAUGCGACCUGUGUGUCAUGCUUCUCCUCGCCAUCCUCUCUCUCGCUCCAUCCCACCUCUUUCUCUCUUCCUGUUCUUCUGUGUCUACUUCCUUCAUUUACACUCUCUUUCAUCUUCCUCCAUCUCUCCAUCUUUCUCGUUCCCUCCCUCUCUCCUUCCCCCUCUCAUUUCUCACCCUCCUCCCACACAGUGUCUCGUUAGUGGUUAGAAUGGGGGUUGUAAUGUCUGCUAAUUUGGUGAGACGAUUAGCUGUCUCCUCUUAUCAUUACUGUGUAUUAACCCUGUGUGUUUGUGUGUUUAAUGAAGACAGAUUAACAGCUAGAACAGACACUAUUCAACCUGCUGUAGUAUCCUGAUGUUUUGUUUAGCAGUCUAUAUGCAAGUGUUUAUGCACCUUGCAGUGUGUUCUUUGUGACACAGGCGCCAUGUUCUACUGUCCACACACACACACACACACACACACACACACACACACACACACACACACACACACACACACACACACACACAGGUGUUAACUCAGCAGGAGAGCUCUCCCCUUCGUGCUGUGUUUUAGAGCCAUAUGCAGACAUCCAGUAAGACCAAGAUAUAGGCCUCUAUAUACAGUCGUGGUCAAACGUUUUGAGAAUGACACAAAUACUAAUUUUCACAAAGUCUGCUGCCUCAGUUUUGAUGAUGGCAAUUUGCAUAUACUCCAGAAUAUCAUGAAGAGUGAUCAGAUGAAUUGCAAUUAAUUGCAAAGUCCCUCUUUGCCAUGAAAAUGAAGUUAAUCCCCAAAAAACGUUUCCACUGCAUUUCAGCCCUGCCACAAAAGGACCAGCUGCCAUCAUGUCAGUGAUUCUCUCGUUAACACAGGUGAGAGUGUUGACGAGGACAAGGCUGGGGGAUCACUCUGACAUGCUGAUUGAGUUUGAAUAACAGACUGGAAGCUUUAAAAGGAGGGUGGUGCUUGAAAUCAUUGUUCUUCCUCUGUUAACCAUGGUUACCUGCAAGGAAACACGUGCCGUCAUCAUUGCUUUGCACAAAAAGGGCUUCACAGGCAAAGAUAUUGCUUCUAGUAAGAUUGCACCUAAAUCAAACAUUUAUCGGAUCAUCAAGAACUUCAAGGAGAGAGGUUCAAUUGUUGUGAAGAAGGCGUCAGGGCGCCCAAGAAAGUCCAACAAGCGCCAGGACCAUCUCCUAAAGUUGAUUCAGCUGCGGGAUCGGGGCACCACCAGUGCAGAGCUUGCUCAGGAAUGGCAGCAGGCAGGUGUGAGUGCAUCUGCACGCACAGUGAGGAUAAGACUUUUGGAGGAUGGCAUGGUGUCAAGAAGGGCAGCAAAGAAGCCACUUCUCUCCAGGAAAAACAUCAGGGACAGACUGAUGUUCUGCAAAAGGUACAGGGAUUGGACUGCUGAGGACUGGGGUAAAGUCAUUUUCUCUGAUGAAUCCCAUUUCCGAUUGUUUGGGGCAUCCGGAAAAAACCUUGUCCGGAGAAGACAAGGUGAGCGCUACCAUCAGUCCGGUGUCAUGCCAACAGUAAAGCAUCCUGAGACCAUUCAUGUGUGGGGUUGCUUCUCAGCCAAGGGAGUGGGCUCACUCACAAUUUUGCCUAAGACCGCAGCCAUGAAUAAAGAAUGGUACCAACACAUCCUCCGAGAGCAACUUCUCCCAACCAUCCAAGAACAGUUUGGUGACAACCAAUGCCUUUUUCCAGCAUGAUGGAGCACCUUGCCAUAAGGCAAAAGUGAUAACUAAGUGGCUUGGGGAAAAAAACAUUGACAUUUUGGGUCCAUGGCCAGGAAACUCCCCAGACCUUAAUCCCAUUGAGAACUUGUGGUCGAUCCUCAAGAGGUGGGUGGAAAAAACCCACAAAUUCUGACAAACUCCAAGCAUUGAUUAUGCAAGAAUGGGCUGUCAUCAGUCAGGAUGUGGCCCAGAAGUUAAUUGACAGCAUGCCAGGGUGGAUUUCAGAUGACUUGAAAAAGAAGGGUCAACACUGCAAAUAUUGACUCUUUGCAUGAACUUAAUGUAAUUGUCAAUAAAAGCCUUUGACACUUAUGGAAUGCUUGUAAUUAUACUUCAGUAUACCAUAUUAACAUCUGACAAAAAGAUAUCAUAACACUGAAGCAGUGAACUUUGUGAAGACCAAUACUUGUGUCAUUAUCAAAACUUUUGACCACGACUGUACACUACCAUUCAAAAAUUUGGGGUCAUUUAGAAAUGUCCUUGUUUUCGAAAGAAAAUCUUUUUAUUUUACAUUUUUACAUUUUAGUCAUUUAGCAGACGCUCUUAUCCAGAGCGACUUACAGUUAAUGAAUACAUGUUUUUUUUUUUAUACUGGCCCCCCGUGGGAAUUGAACCCACAACCCUGGCGUUGCAAACGCCAUGUUCUAUCAACUGAGCUACAUCCCUGCCGGCCAUUCUCUCCCCUACCCUGGACGACGCUGGGCCAAUUGUGCGCCGCCCAUGAGUCUCCCGGUCGCGGCCGGCUGCGACAGAGCCUGGAUUCGAACCAGGAUCUCUAGUGGCACAGUUAGCACUGCGAUGCAGUGCCUUAGACCACUGCGCCACUCUACAACAUUACAAUAACAUCAAAUUGAUCAGAAAUACAGUGUAGACAUUGUUAAUGUUGUAAAUGGCUAUUGUAGCUGGAAACUGCUGAUUUUUUAUGGAAUAUCUACAUAGGCGUACAGAGGCCCAUUUAUCAGCAACCAUCAGUCCUGUGUUCCAAUGGCACAUUGUGGCUCAAAAUGGCCAGAAACAAAUAACUUUCUUCUGAAACUCGUCAGUCUAUUCUUGUUCUGAGAAAUUAAGGCUAUUCUAUGCGAGAAAUUGCAGAGAAACUGAAGAUCUCGUAUCAGUUACUACUCCCUUCACAGAACAGCGCAAACUGGCUCUAACCAGAAUAGAAAGAGGAGUGGGUGGCCCCGGUGCACAACUGAGCAAGAGGACAAAUGCAUUAUUGUCUAGUUUGAGAAACAGACGCCUCACAGGUCCUCAACUGGCAGCUUCAUUAAAUAGUACCCGCAAAACACCAGUCUCAACGUCAACAGUGAAGAGGCGACUCCGGGAUGCUGACCUUCUAGGCAGAGUUGCAAAGAAAAAGCCAUAUCUCAGACUGCCCAUCUUAAUCUUUUCUUUUUAUUGGCCAGUCUGAGAUAUUGCUUUAAUUUCUCAGAACAAGAAUAGACUGACGAGUUUCAGAAGAAAGUUAUUUGUUUCUGGCCAUUUUGAGCCUUUAAUCGAACCCACAAUUGCUGAUGCUCCAGAUACUCAACUAGUCUCAAGAAGGCCUGUUUUAUUGCUUCUUUAAUCAGCACAACAGUUUUCAGCUGUGCUAAUAUAAUUGCAAAAGGGUUUUCUAAUGAUCAAUUAGCCAUUUAAAAUGAUAAACUUGGAUUGCUUUUCUUUCGAAAACAAGGACAUUUCUAAGUGACCCCAAACUUUUGAACGGUUGUGUGUGUGUGUGUGUGUGUGUGUGUGUGUGUGUGUGUGUGUGUGUGUGUGUGUGUGUGUGUGUGUGUGUGUGUGUGUGUGUGUGUGUGUGUGUGUAUAUAUCACACACACACACACACACACACACACACACACAUCAGUACAACCGUUCAGCAUAAAAAACCCUGACAUAAGCAAACACACACCUCUACCAUGACUGUGAUUGAUGUGCUGUGUGUUUGUCCUAGGUUAAGGGGUUCCUUUGUAUUAAUAUCUUCCUAUGUCAAUGUUUACAAUUGUACAUUCACCCCAGAGUGUGUUGUAUACCAGUGUGUGUGUUGUGUUAAUCCGAGUGUGUGUUAUUGAGACAGACAAUGUGUAAUGAACACCAUCUGUGCACAGUAACUACCCACUCUCUGCGUACUGGUGUGUCUCUGGCACGCUCUCUCAAGGCAUCUGCAUACAUAGGUUCGGUUUGCGCCUAGCAGAACUCGGCUAGGAGAAGUGAACGUAUGUGCUCGCAUACUCCCUUAAAAUACCUUCCCUUGAAAAACAAGAAGAAAAGGAUAAUAUUAGUGUUUGUCCCUCUCGAGACGUCAAACCAACAACAUACCCUGUAGCACUUCCUCAAAAUUAGUCAGAAUCAAUCUAAGAUAAAUUAAGAAAUAUGUCAUUAAUGUUGGCGUUUUUGCCGGGGUAAUUUGACAUCAAGUGAAAAAAUGUUUUGUUUCUCGUUGAAUGACAACAUACACUUUAUUGAAGAAUCAUCAACGAAGGGCCGUGGACUUCGGCUACCGAACUUCGGCUUGCCUCAGGAAAAAAAUGUGUGUGCACGAACAGCCGAAAAAAAACAGGAGACCAAAACGAACAAAAACAUCUCAGAAUUGUCAUAAUAUAUUCACAAACUGUUUUGAGCUGUUUCGGAUGGGAAGCAUGCGGGCGCCUUAAGACUCUCUCUUGUCCUUUGUCUGUAGGCUACCCAGGAGGUUAUCCCACUGCUGCUCCCACCUACACACCCAACCUCUACCAAACGGGUAGUCCAGGGUACCCACCAGGUAAGAACACACACACACACACACACACACACACAGAGGAAACAAACGGCUUAUCGCAGUGUUUAUUAACAAUUUCAUAAAUCAUCACCUAGCUAUACUUGAGGCUUAUAGCAGUGACACUUGUGUGUAGAGUUACUACUGUAGCUGUCAGCUAGCUCUAGGAGGUAGUUACUACUGUAGCUGUCAGCUAGCUCUAGGAGGUAGUUACUACUGUAGCAUUCAGCUAGCUCUAGGAGGUAGUUACUACUGUAGCUGUCAGCUAGCUCUAGGAGGUAGUUACUACUGUAGCUUUCAGCUAGCUCUAGGAGGUAGUUACUACUGUAGCUGUCAGCUAGCUCUAGGAGGUAGUUACUACUGUAGCUGUCAGCUAGCUCUAGGAGGUAGUUACUACUGUAGCAUUCAGCUAGCUCUAGGAGGUAGUUACUACUGUAGCUGUCAGCUAGCUCUAGGAGGUAGUUACUACUGUAGCUGUCAGCUAGCUCUAGGAGGUAGUUACUACUGUAGCUGUCAGCUAGCUCUAGGAGGUAGUUACUACUGUAGCAUUCAGCUAGCUCUAGGAGGUAGUUACUACUGUAGCUGUCAGCUAGCUCUAGGAGGUAGUUACUACUGUAGCUGUCAGCCAGCUCUAGGAGGUAGUUACUACUGUAGCUUUCAGCCAGCUCUAGGAGGUAGUUACUACUGUAGCUGUCAGCUAGCUCUAGGAGGUAGUUACUACUGUAGCUGUCAGCUAGCUCUAGGAGGUAGUUACUACUGUAGCUGUCAGCCAGCUCUAGGAGGUAGUUACUACUGUAGCUGUCAGCUAGCUCUAGGAGGUAGUUACUACUGUAGCUGUCAGCUAGCUCUAGGAGGUAGUUACUACUGUAGCUGUCAGCUAGCUCUAGGAGGUAGAGCUGCUACUGUAGCUGUCAGCCAGAUCUAGGAGGUAGUUACUACUGUAGCUGUCAGCUAGCUCUAGGAGGUAGUUACUACUGUAGCUGUCAGCUAGCUCUAGGAGGUAGUUACUACUGUAGCUGUCAGCUAGCUCUAGGAGGUAGUUACUACUGUAGCAUUCAGCUAGCUCUAGGAGGUAGUUACUACUGUAGCUGUCAGCUAGCUCUAGGAGGUAGUUACUACUGUAGCUGUCAGCUAGCUCUAGGAGGUAGUUACUACUGUAGCAUUCAGCUAGCUCUAGGAGGUAGUUACUACUGUAGCUGUCAGCUAGCUCUAGGAGGUAGUUACUACUGUAGCUGUCAGCUAGCUCUAGGAGGUAAUUACCACUGUAGCUGUCAGCUAGCUCUAGGAGGUAGUUACUACUGUAGCUGUCAGCUAGCUCUAGGAGGUAGUUACUACUGUAGCUGUCAGCUAGCUCUAGGAGGUAGUUACUACUGUAGCUUUCAGCUAGCUCUAGGAGGUAGUUACUACUGUAGCAUUCAGCUAGCUCUAGGAGGUAGUUACUACUGUAGCUGUCAGCCAGCUCUAGGAGGUAGAGUUACUACUGUAGCUUUCAGCUAGCUCUAGGAGGUAGUUACUACUGUAGCUGUCAGCUAGCACUAGGAGGUAGAGUUACUACUGUAGCUGUCAGCCAGCUCUAGGAGGUAGUUAGUACGGUAGCUAUCAGCUAGCUCUAGGAGGUAGAGUUACUACUGUAGCUGUCAGCUAGCUCUAGAAGGUAGAGCUGCUACUGUAGCUGUCAGCCAGCUCUAGGAGGUAGAGUUACCACUGUAGCUGUCAGCUAGCACUAGGAGGUAGUUACUACUGUAGCUGUCAGCUAGCUCUAGGAGGUAGAGCUGCUACUGUAGCUGUCAGCCAGCUCUAGGAGGUAGAGUUACCACUGUAGCUGUCAGCUAGCACUAGGAGGUAGUUACUACUGUAGCUGUCAGCCAGCUCUAGGAGGUAGUUAGUACGGUAGCUAUCAGCUAUCUCUAGGAGGUAGAGUUACUACUGUAGCUGUCAGCUAGCUCUAGGAUGUAGUUACUACUGUAGCUUUCAGCUAGCUCUAGGAGGUAGAGUUACCACUGUAGCUGUCAGCUAGCACUAGGAGGUAGUUACUACUGUAGCUGUCAGCCAGCUCUAGGAGGUAGUUAGUACGGUAGCUAUCAGCUAUCUCUAGGAGGUAGAGUUACUACUGUAGCUGUCAGCUAGCUCUGGGAGGUAGUUACUACUGUAGCUGUCAGCUAGCUCUAGGAGGUAGUUACUACUGUAGCUAUUAGCUAGCUCUAGGAGGUAGAGCUGCUACUGUAGCUGUCAGCCAGCUCUAGGAGGUAGAGUUACCACUGUAGCUGUAAGCUAGCUCUAGGAGGUAGUUACUACUGUAGCUGUCAGCCAGCUCUAGGAUGUAGUUACUACUGUAGCUGUCAUGUAGCUCUAGGAGGUAGUUACUACUGUAGCUGUCAGCUAGCUCUAGGAGGUAGUUACUACUGUAGCUUUCAGCUAGCUCUAGGAGGUAGUUACUACUGUAGCAUUCAGCUAGCUCUAGGAGGUAGUUACUACUGUAGCUGUCAGCCAGCUCUAGGAGGUAGUUAGUACGGUAGCUAUCAGCUAUCUCUAGGAGGUAGAGUUACUACUGUAGCUGUCAGCUAGCUCUAGGAGGUAGUUACUACUGUAGCUGUCAGCUAGCUUAGGAGGUAGUUACUACUGUAGCUGUCAGCUAGCUCUGAGGAGGUUAGUUACUACUAGUAGCUGUCAGCUAGCUCUGGAGGUAGUUACUACUGUAGCUAUCAGCUAGCUCUAGGAGGUAGAGUACUACUGUAGCUGUCAGCUAGCUAGGAUGUAGUUACUACUGUAGCUUUCAGCUAGCUCUAGGAGGUAAGUUACCACUGUAGCUGUCAGCUAGCACUAGGAGGUAGUUACUACUGUAGCUGUCAGGUAGCUCUAGGAGGUAGAGUUACUACUGUAGCUGUCAGCCAGCUCUAGGAUGUAGUUACUACUGUAGCUGUCAGGUAGCUCUAGGAGGUAGAGUUACUACUGUAGCUGUCAGGUAGCUCUAGGAGGUAGUUACUACUGUAGCUAUCAGCUAGCUCUAGGAGGUAGAGUUACUACUGUAGCUGUCAGCUAGCUCUAGGAUGUAGUUACUACUGUAGCUUUCAGCUAGCUCUAGGAGGUAGAGUUACCACUGUAGCUGUCAGCUAGCACUAGGAGGUAGUUACUACUGUAGCUGUCAGCCAGCUCUAGGAGGUAGUUAGUACGGUAGCUAUCAGCUAGCUCUAGGAGGUAGAGUUACCACUGUAGCUGUCAGCUAGCUCUAGGAGGUAGAGUUACUACUGUAGCUGUCAGCUAGCUCUAGGAGGUAGUUACUACUGUAGCUGUCAGCUAGCUCUGGGAGGUAGUUACUACUGUAGCUAUUAGCUAGCUCUAGGAGGUAGAGCUGCUACUGUAGCUGUCAGCCAGCUCUAGGAGGUAGAGUUACCACUGUAGCUGUAAGCUAGCUCUAGGAGGUAGUUACUACUGUAGCUGUCAGCCAGCUCUAGGAUGUAGUUACUACUGUAGCUGUCAGGUAGCUCUAGGAGGUAGUUACUACUGUAGCUGUCAGCUAGCUCUAGGAGGUAGUUACUACUGUAGCUGUCAGCUAGCUCUAGGAGGUAGAGUUACUACUGUAGCUGUCAGCUAGCUCUAGGAUGUAGUUACUACUGUAGCUGUCAGCCAGCUCUAGGAGGUAGUUACUACUGUAGCUGUCAGCUAGCUCUAGGAGGUAGUUACUACUGUAGCUGUCAGCUAGCUCUAGGAGGUAGUUACUACUGUAGCUUUCAGCUAGCUCUAGGAGGUAGAGUUGCUACUGUAGCUGUCAGCUAGCUCUAGGAGGUAGUUACUACUGUAGCUUUCAGCUAGCUCUAGGAGGUAGUUACUACUGUAGCUGUCAGCUAGCUCUAGGAGGUAGUUACUACUGUAGCUGUCAGCUAGCUCUAGGAGGUAGUUACUACUGUAGCAUUCAGCUAGCUCUAGGAGGUAGUUACUACUGUAGCUGUCAGCUAGCUCUAGGAGGUAGUUACUACUGUAGCUGUCAGCUAGCUCUAGGAGUUAGAGUUACUACUGUAGCUGUCAGCUAGCUCUGGGAGGUAGAGUUACUACUGUAGCUGUCAGCCAGCUCUAGGAGGUAGUUACUACUGUAGCUGUCAGCUAGCUCUAGGAGGUAGUUACUACUGUAGCUUUCAGCUAGCUCUAGGAGGUAGUUACUACUGUAGCUAUCAGCUAGCUCUAGGAUGUAGUUACUACUGUAGCUAUCAGCUAGCUCUAGGAGGUAGUUACUACUGUAGCUAUUAGCUAGCUCUAGGAGGUAGAGCUGCUACUGUAGCUGUCAGCCAGCUCUAGGAGGUAGAGUUACCACUGUAGCUGUCAGCUAGCUCUAGGAGGUAGUUACUACUGUAGCUGUCAGCUAGCUCUAGGAGGUAGAGUUACCACUGUAGCUGUCAGCUAGCUCUAGGAUGUAGUUACUACUGUAGCUGUCAGCUAGCUCUGGGAGGUAGUUACUACUGUAGCUGUCAGCUAGCUCUAGGAGGUAGUUACUACUGUAGCUGUCAGCUAGCUCUAGGAGGUAGUUACUACUGUAGCUGUCAGCUAGCUCUAGGAGGUAGUUACUACUGUAGCUAUCAGCUAGCUCUAGGAUGUAGUUACUACUGUAGCUAUCAGCUAGCUCUAGGAGGUAGUUACUACUGUAGCUGUCAGCUAGCUCUAGGAGGUAGUUACUACUGUAGCAUUCAGCUAGCUCUAGGAGGUAGUUACUACUGUAGCUGUCAGCUAGCUCUAGGAGGUAGUUACUACUGUAGCUGUCAGCUAGCUCUAGGAGGUAGUUACUACUGUAGCUUUCAGCCAGCUCUAUGAGGUAGUUACUACUGUAGCUGUCAGCUAGCUCUAGGAGGUAGUUACUACUGUAGCUAUCAGCUAGCUCUAGGAGGUAGAGUUACUACUGUAGCUGUCAGCUAGCUCUAGGAGGUAGUUACUACUGUAGCUGUCAGCUAGCUCUAGGAGGUAGUUACUACUGUAGCUGUCAGCUAGCUCUAGGAGGUAGUUACUACUGUAGCUUUCAGCCAGCUCUAGGAGGUAGUUACUACUGUAGCAUUCAGCUAGCUCUAGGAGGUAGUUACUACUGUAGCUGUCAGCUAGCUCUAGGAGGUAGUUACUACUGUAGCUGUCAGCUAGCUCUAGGAGGUAGUUACUACUGUAGCUGUCAGCUAGCUCUAGGAGGUAGUUACUACUGUAGCUUUCAGCUAGCUCUAGGAGGUAGAGUUGCUACUGUAGCUGUCAGCUAGCUCUAGGAGGUAGUUGCUACUGUAGCUGUCAGCUAGCUCUAGGAGGUAGUUACUACUGUAGCUGUCAGCCAGCUCUAGGAGGUAGUUACUACUGUAGCUGUCAGCCAGCUCUAGGAGGUAGUUACUACUGUAGCUGUCAGCCAGCUCUAGGAGGUAGUUACUACUGUAGCUGUCAGCCAGCUCUAGGAGGUAGUUACUACUGUAGCUGUCAGCUAGCUCUAGUUUUUCUCUUGUUAUGUCAGUCACUGAUAGUCACUAAAUUAGCCCAUGUCAGCUAACAUUUUUUGAUCGGUAAGUUAGUGUAGCGGCCAGCUAUCUAAACUUAGUAAUCAUGGUCGAAUUACCAUUCGGGGGGCCUCCAUUCAUUUUGUUAGUCACUCUUACUCAGAUAUAAUAUUAAAAAACUGCAAACAAUUCUCUCCAACCAAUGGCAAAUGGAUGUGGGUACGCAGACCCGUGAGCAACUGUGGCCCCUCGUGAUGAGUUCAGCUUUUUUGUGGCCCCCACCCCCAUCAAAGUUGCCCGUCCCUGCUCUAGGAGGUGGAGGGUAAAGGCAUUACUGGCCAGUAUAUAUUCUGAAGGUCUGAGUGAUAGUGACUGACAGGCUCACUGCUGGGAGGGUCUGUCCCCACCCCGUCUGUGUCCACAGCAGAUGGGCUGGCAGUGGUCCUCAUGCUCCACACACACACACUGUGUUAGUGGAACAGCAGACCCACUAGACUAGAACAGUAGUGUGUAAAGUGUUCGGGUGAUUGUGUCCAAGGUUUGGCGAAGGAUGUUCCAUUGUUUGGUAGAAAUCUAAAGCUAUCCUGAUGAAGACCGCUUGCUGUUGAAACGUUGGUGAAUAAAUGAUUGCAUCGGAGCUACUGGAAUGGCUUUUCCUUUUUUCCCGGAAUCUAAAGUUAACAUGACCUUCUCGUCUCCACCUUCUGGCCCCAGUGAUUAUCUGCUGGGUUACAUGAGGAACAGCGCUAGACUUCAACGUUCUGAAUAGCCUACCCCCUCAAGUCAUUUUUAGAGGGCAGCACUGUGAUUAAUACAUUGUCCACAUACUAUUCAUUCACCCCCAUGGCCUUCAGACUGGACACAAUAACACAGACUGAUAUCAGCUUCGCACUGAUGCUUGUGUAACUGCCAUUCAGAGCUGGCUGAUGGUGAUGCAUACUGGAGCUUCUCAGCAUCUCUCGCUCUCUUUGUUCCUGUGUCCUUGGCUUUUGUUCAAUAAGCCUCUGAGCAGAGCAGCGCUGUAUGAUCUUCAUCUGCCCCCUGGUGGUUCUAACAGAGCACUACAUAAAGUACUACACGAGUCAGCUGCCCCCUGGUGGUUCUAACAGAGUACUACAUAAAGGUAUAGACCAGGGGUCUCCAACAGGUCGACCGGGAGCUACCAGUAGCUCGCCAAACAAUUCUGAAAGUACAUGCAAUUUUUUAUGUUUUCCACCGCAAACAAUACAAAUCUCACAAGUAUCAGACAACGCAAGCUACCAGCUUCUGUAUAAUCAGUGCAACAUUGACUUUGUCCCACCCCUGGCUAGCCACCAUUUGCUGAAAAAAACCUAACUUAACACAAUAUCUGCCAAUUAAUUUCAAGCAAUAUUGCCCCUGUCUGUCUGUAGCCAGUUGAUGUGAGUUGACAGAAAUACUUUCCCCAAAACCUUCUCAAUUAAAUGUUAACUGCAAAGUAGGCUUACCUGGCAGAAGUAUAUCAUGAGUAAGUAUACCGAACAAAAAUAUAAAAUAUCAUGCAACAAUUUCAAAGAUUUUACUGAGUUACGAUUCAUAUAAGGAAAUCAGUCAAUUUAAAUAAAUAAAUUAGGUCUUAAUCUAUCAAUUUCACAUGACUGGGAAUACAGAUAUGCAUCUGUUGGUCACAGAUACCUUUAAAAAAGGUAGGGAUUGUGGCCUGUGGAAUGUUGUCCCACUCCUCUUCAAUGGCUGUGAGAAGUUGCUGGAUAUUGGCAGGAACUGGUACACAUCAAUUUGGAGCACAUGCUCAAUGGGUGACAUGUCUGGUGAGUAUGCAGGCCAUGGAAGAACUGGGACUUUUUCAGCUUCCUGGAAUUGUGUACAGAUCCUUGCGACAUGGGUCCUCUGUAGCUCAGCUGGUAGAGCACGGCGCUUGUAACGCCAAGGUAGUGGGUUCAAUCCCCGGGACCACCCAUACACAAAAAAUGUAUGCACGCAUGACUAAGUCGCUUUGGAUAAAAGCGUCUGCUAAAUGGCAUAUUAUUAUUAUUAUUAUUAUUAUUAUUAUUAUUAUAUUAUUAUUAUUAUUAUCAUGCUGAAACAUGAGGUGAUGGCGGCGGAUUAAUGGCACAACAAUGGGCCUCAGGAUCUCGUCACGGUAUGUCUGUGCAUUCAAAUUGCCAUCAAUAAAAUGCAAUUGGUUUGUUGUCCGUAGUUUAUGCCUGCCCAUACCAUAACCUCACCGCCACCAUAGGGCAUCCUGUUCACAACGUUGACAUCAGCAAACCGCUCGCCCACACGACGCCAUACACGUGGUCUGCCAUUUUGAGGCCGGUUGGACAUACUGCCAGAUUCUCUAAAACGACGUUGGCAGUGGCUUAUGGUAGAGAAAUGAACAUUCAAUUUUCUGGCAACAGCUCUGGUGGACAUUCCUGCAGUCAGUAUGCCAAUUGCAUACUCCCUCAAAACUUGAGACAUCUGUGGCAGUGUGUUGUGUGACAAAACUGCACAUUUUAGUGGCCUUUUCAUUGUCCCCAGCACAAGGUGCACCUGUGUAAUGAUCAUGCUGUUUAAUCAGCUUCUUGAUAUGCCACACCUGUCAGGUGGAUAGAUUAUCUUGGCAAAGGAAAAAUGCUCACUAACAGGGAUGUAAACAAAUUUGUGCACAUCAUUUGAGAAAAAUAAGCUAUUUGUGCUUAUAGAAAAUGUCUGGAAUCUUUUUAUUUCAGCUCAUGAAACAUGGGACCAACACUUUACAUGCUGUGUUUAUAUUUUUGUUCAGUGUAUUUCAUCUAUUAUUUGUUAACUUGGCCAUGAAAUGAGCAGCAACAGUACAGAGCCAUCACUAGACCGGCACCUUCCUCACUCCUACUAAGCUAUAUAUCAAAUUAUUUUAAGACCCCUUGAAGUAUAUAUAAAAAAAUAUAUUGAAUAACAGAUUCACUACAUGGAUCAACAGAUUUUUUUUUUAAUCGAAAGGACGUUUGUUCUGAAGUGUCUGACCUAUAUCUGAGAGAUGUAAGAAAGAUCAGAAAACAUUUGUUAUUUGUAUGUAUUUAACCCUUUAUUUUUGGCACUAAACAUAUUCUCCAUAUAUACUUCCAUUCAUUGUUUGAAUCUGGUACCGGGGGGACCUUCAGAGGAGUCUUCUGAGGCCUGUGGGCGUCCUAGACCAAACCAUGUAUGUGUUCAUGAGUCACAUCUUUCCGUAGAGGGGGUCAUAAUAGUUUGUAAGCCAAACCGUUCAGACGAUUUUGUGAGAAGACCGAUUUUCAGGAUGUCUCAUGGUCUGACAAACACCGCUCUAACUCUGUCACCUUUCACUGCAGAUGUGGAAGUGCGACAUCUCUGGCUUAAACGGACAGAUUUUAAUGGGGAUUAUGCUAAUUUGAUUUCCGCUGGGGCUCGGACAUCGACUCUAGGAGGUUGAAGGAGAAGUUAAAUUUUUUACAACCAAAUGUCUAUGUUUGAUGUAAAUUGAUUGCUUGACUUAGACUGAAAUAGGUUCAGGUACUCAUUUUGGGUGCUGGUACUGUUUAUAUUUAGGUGCAGGAGCUCCACAAUACUUUUGAGAUAAUAUUCUAUAAGAGGAACAGGAGCUCAAGCAGUAGAACAUUUGAGAUGCCAGCACUCCGCUCCGGUGAACUCCUGUCCAAGUCAAGCACUGUAUAAAUGGCAUUUUAUAGAAGGGUCCAGACACCUUUUGUGCUAUUUUCGCAUGUUUUUACUUACCCCAAACAGCAAAUCACUUCCUCAUCCUCGUUGGGUAGUAUGGGACUGAACAAAGGCUCCGAAAACACCCAAAUACAUCCUUUUAGAAACUGCAAAGCUCUCAAGGUCUUUUAGAUGUUGUAUACAUCAACUUUAUCCGCAACGUUAUAUUCCAUUUUGUUGUGACUCGAUCGAUACCUCUCUGUCCAUUCUACAGGUAACUGCCAAAAUAAAGGAAACACUUGUGUAAAUGAGGGAUACAAAGUAUAUUGAAAGCAUGGGGUUCUUCCACACAGGAAGUUCCAGACACUUGUAGAAUCUAUGCUAAGGCAUUGAAGAUCUUCCGGCAGCUCGUGGUGUUUCCUUUAUUUUGGCAGUUACUUGUAGCAGCAGGCCACACAGCGAAUGGAACAGCUGGAUAGGGGAAAUGGCUCGUCAUGCAAAAGGGAAUAUAACAUUGCGGAUAAAGUUCUGAAUGGCACAAUUUCAUGUGUACAACAUCUAAAGACCUCCGUCACUAUACUGAGAGCGUUGCCAUUUCUAAAAGGACGUUUUGGGGUGUUUUUGGAGACUUUGUUCAUGUUGUACCACACAACAAGAAUAAGGAAGUGAUUUGCUGUUUUGGGUAAGUUUCUCAAAAACGUGAAAACUUCUCCCUUAAGCCUUAUACAAGUCUUGGUCCAUCAGUGCAGUGCAUAUAAAGGAAGGACUAUUAGAGGAUGUAGGACUAUUGCGAUGCACCAAAUGUAAACAGUACAAUAGUCUAGUGGUAUGUGGUUGGGUAGCUAGGUGACCAAGCAGGAUAUAUAGAAGACUGUAGUGAUGAGGCUCUACCACUAGGAGGAGACUGUAGUGAUGAGGCUCUACCACUAGGAGGAGACUGUAGUGAUGAGCCUCUCCCUCUAGGAGGAGACUAGUGAUGAGGCUCUACCACUAGGAGGAGACUGUAGUGAUGAGGCUCUACCACUAGGAGGACACUGUAGUGAUGAGGCUCUACCACUAGGAGACUGUAGUGAUGAGGCUCUACCUCUAGGAGGAGACUGUAGUGAUGAGGCUCUACCACUAGGAGGAGACUGUAGUGAUGAGGCUCUACCACUAGGAGGACACUGUAGUGAUGAGGCUCUACCACUAGGAGGAGACUGUAGUGAUGAGGCUCUACCACUAGGAGGAGACUGUAGUGAUGAGGUUCUACCACUAGGAGGAGACUGUAGUGAUGAGGCUCUACCACUAGGAGGAGACUGUAGUGAUGAGGUUCUACCACUAGGAGGAGACUGUAGUGAUGAGACUCUACCACUAGGAGGAGACUGUAGUGAUGAGGCUCUACCUCUAGGAGGAGACUGUAGUGAUGAGGCUCUACCACUAGGAGGAGACUGUAGUGAUGAGGCUCUACCACUAGGAGGAGACUGUAGUGAUGAGGCCCUACCUCUAGGAGGAGACUAUAGUGAUGAGGCUCUACCACUAGGAGGAGACUGUAGUGAUGAGGCUCUACCACUAGGAGGAGCCUGUAGUGAUGAGGCUCUACCACUAGGAGGAGACUGUAGUGAUGAGGCUCUACCACUAGGAGGAGACUGUAGUGAUGAGGCUCUACCACUAGGAGACUGUAGUGAUGAGACUCUACCACUAGGAGGAGCCUGUAGUGAUGAGGCUCUACCUCUAGGAGACUGUAGUGAUGAGGCUCUACCACUAGGAGACUGUAGUGAUGAGGCUCUACCACUAGGAGGACACUGUAGUGAUGAGGCUCUACCUCUAGGAGGAGACUGUAGUGAUGAGGCUCUACCUCUAGGAGGAGACUGUAGUGAUGAGGCUCUACCUCUAGGAGGAGACUGUAGUGAUGAGGCUCUACCACUAGGAGGAGACUGUAGUGAUGAGGCUCUACCACUAGGAGGAGACUGUAGUGAUGAGGCUCUACCUCUAGGAGGAGACUAUAGUGAUGAGGCUCUACCACUAUGAGGACACUGUAGUGAUGAGGCUCUACCACUAGGAGACUGUAGUGAUGAGGCUCUACCACUAGGAGGAGACUGUAGUGAUGAGGCUCUACCACUAGGAGGAGACUGUAGUGAUGAGGCUCUACCUCUAGGAGGAGACUGUAGUGAUGAGGCUCUACCACUAGGAGGAGACUGUAGUGAUGAGGCUCUACCACUAUGAGGACACUGUAGUGAUGAGGCUCUACCACUAGGAGGAGACUGUAGUGAUGAAGCUCUACCUCUAGGAGGAGACUGUAGUGAUGAGGCUCUACCACUAGGAGGAGACUGUAGUGAUGAGGCUCUACCACUAGGAGGAGACUGUAGUGAUGAGGCUCUACCACUAGGAGGAGACUGUAGUGAUGAGGCUCUACCUCUAGGAGGAGACUGUAGUGAUGAGGCUCUACCACUAGGAGGAGACUGUAGUGAUGAGGCUCUACCUCUAGGAGGAGACUGUAGUGAUGAGGCUCUACCACUAGGAGGAGACUGUAGUGAUGAGGCUCUACCACUAGGAGGAGCCUGUAGUGAAGAGGCUCUACCACUAGGAGACUGUAGUGAUGAGGCUCUACCACUAGGAGGAGACUGUAGUGAUGAGGCUCUACCACUAGGAGACUGUAGUGAUGAUGCUCUACCUCUAGGAGGAGACUGUAGUGAUGAGGCUCUACCACUAGGAGGAGACUGUAGUGAUGAGGCUCUACCACUAGGAGGAGACUGUAGUGAUGAGGCUCUACCACUAGGAGACUGUAGUGAUGAGACUCUACCACUAGGAGGAGACUGUAGUGAUGAGGCUCUACCACUAGGAGGAGACUGUAGUGAUGAGGCUCUACCACUAGGAGGAGACUGUAGUGAUGAGGCUCUACCACUAGGAGGAGACUGUAGUGAUGAGGCUCUACCACUAGGAGGAGACUGUAGUGAUGAGGCUCUACCUCUAGGAGGAGACUGUAGUGAUGAGGCUCUACCACUAGGAGGACACUGUAGUGAUGAGGCUCUACCACUAGGAGGAGACUGUAGUGAUGAGGCUCUACCACUAGGAGGAGACUGUAGUGAUGAGGCUCUACCACUAGGAGGAGACUGUAGUGAUGAGGGUCUACCACUAGGAGGAGACUGUAGUGAUGAGGCUCUACCACUAGGAGGAGACUGUAGUGAUGAGGCUCUACCUCUAGGAGGAGACUGUAGUGAUGAGGCUCUACCACUAGGAGGAGACUGUAGUGAUGAGGCUCUACCUCUAGGAGGAGACUGUAGUGAUGAGGCUCUACCACUAGGAGGACACUGUAGUGAUGAGGCUCUACCACUAGGAGGAGACUGUAGUGAUGAGGCUCUACCACUAGGAGGAGACUGUAGUGAUGAGGCUCUACCUCUAGGAGGAGACUGUAGUGAUGAGGCUCUACCACUAGGAGGACACUGUAGUGAUGAGGCUCUACCACUAGGAGGACACUGUAGUGAUGAGGCUCUACCACUAGGAGGAGACUGUAGUGAUGAGGCUCUACCACUAGGAGGAGACUGUAGUGAUGAGGCUCUACCACUAAGAGGACACUGACUAGUCAUACGCUGACUAUAUGGCAUGUUAUUGCAGUGUUAAUUUUGGCACUAUUAUUUUUUUGAUUUAGUCUAGUUUUAGUCAUUUUGACUAAAAUGUCAAGUCUGUCACAUUUUUGUCAUUUGAAUAAUGACAAAAACAGUGGGCCAUUUUAGUCAACUAAAUGCCCUUUCAUUUUAGUCACAUCGCAUUUGUAUUGCCUCAUUAACCUAUAGUAAACAUAAAUCACUGACUUCCAUGUGCACAAACAUACAUAUCCUUGUCCUACCAACAGAUUUGCAGAUAGACAUUUCAAGAAUAGAACUAAUGUUAUUCCUUAUUCAACAUGUCAGAGAGGCAUGUUUGUUCUACAUAGCAUAUUUCUAUCUGAACGUUCCAAAACGUUGCAUCCUGCUGAAUGCAGCCCAGGUUGUUAGCUAUAGCUAGCUAAUGAGGUAACGUGAUUGAGCAAGGUGUAGCCUGAACAAAUGGUUAACGGUCUGGUCCACAAGUAGCCUAGUUUUAGAAUGGCCCACGAUAGGCUUUAUGAAUGUAUGAUAGAAAGACAAAAACAUAGCGCAGGGAGGCUAUUAUGUGUCAUGUCUGAAAAGCUCUCAAUCUCUCCCAAAAACUCAUUGUAAUUUUAUUUUUUAUUUUUGGGGGAUCUAUUUAGUCAGUUAAAGUCUCAUCAAUUACCACUGAAAAAUAGGUGUUUCACAAAUAUUUUAGUCACUAUUUUUGUUGAUGAAAUGAACACUGCUAUGGUACUACAUUAGGACUGAGAGGAAGGAUGUUACCCUUCUACAUGUCUUGGCUGUUGGACCUAUGUUUCAUCUCUCUCGCUCUCUCUUUCUGUGUGUGUGUGUGUGUGUGUGUGUAGGAUACACUACAGCGGGUACUCCGUAUAAAGUGCCCCCCACCCAGACGAACGGAGCCCCCCCACCCUACUCCCCCUCCCCCAACCCCUACCAAACAGCCAUGUACCCAAUCAGAAGUGCCUACCCGCAGCAGAGCAUGCAGAACCUGCAGAGCAUGCAGAACCUGCAAAACUUGUAUGCACAGGUAAGCACACAUACCCUUCACACACACACACACACCCACCCUACUCCACCAACUCCUACCCUCAGCAGCUUCCAAACAAACACACACACACCUAUACACAAUCCUAACCUCAGCAGACACACACCCUACUCCCUCAACGUCUACCCUCAGUAGAACCUUUACGUACUGAUAAGCACACUCACACCCUAACCUCUCUCUCUGUCUCCCUGUAGGCAGCAGCGUAUUAUGGCCAGCCAGUGUAUGCGGCUCAGCCAUAUGUAAAUCAACAACACUACUCACAUAAACACACACACAUAAACACACACACACAGACACACACUAACACAGACACACUCUGACCUCUGUCUCUGUGUCCCCUGUAGGCUUAUUACACGCAGCCAGUGUAUGCGGCUCAGCCUCAGCCCCAUGUCAUCCACCACACCACCGUGGUUCAGCCAAACAGCAUGCCCUCAGCCCUCUACCCCGCCCCUGUCCAAGCCCCUAGAAACAAUGGAAUGGCUGCCAUGGGGAUGGUUGCUGGGACCACCAUGGCUAUGAGUGCAGGUAGGAUUGAUGACUGAGGAAGCUGAUGUAGCUAGAUCAUGUAUUGUCAUAUUAAACACCUUUUUAAAUGUAUUUUAUUUAAUUUCCUAUGCUUAAUUGAUUAUGCUUAAGUUAUGCUAAAAUUAUGUUGCUGUUGUGUGUUUUUGGUGUAAGUUGUAUUAGUUUGGUCGGCGCCAUAUUGACCCUAAACGUUGCGGUCAAAACAAUAGUGACAAAAUGACAUCUUACACUGAUGACGCGUAUCGUCCUGUAGGAACCCUGCUGACCACGCCCCAGCAUGCUCAGCUGGGAGCGCACCAACACGUCACCAUGCCACAGUACCGGCCCCAGGGCACACCUGGAUACAGCUAUGUCCCCCCCCACUGGUAG